AACUCUUUGGACAGCAUGGCCAGUGCAAAGGUGGCAGUAGUCACAGGGGGCAAUAAAGGCAUCGGACUGGCCAUAGUGAAAGCCCUCUGCAAACAGUUCAAGGGAGACGUGUACCUGACAGCCAGGGACCCCAAGUUGGGAGAAGAAGCAGUCCGGGCCCUGAAGGAGCAGGAAGGGCUGUCCCCCCACUUCCACCAGCUGGAUAUCAAUGACCUGCAGAGCAUUAGGACCCUGGGGAGUUUCUUAAAGGAGAAGUACGGGGGGAUCGAUGUGCUCAUUAACAACGCUGGCGUUGCUUUUAAAGUUGACGACACCACCCCAAUUGGCACCCAGGCCGAGGUGACUCUGAAAACCAACUUCUUCGCCACCAGAGACGUCUGCAAUGAGCUCCUCCCACUGAUUAAGCCCCAUGGUCGGGUGGUUAAUGUGUCCAGCAUUGCGAGUUACAUGGCCCUCGGGCGCUGUAGCCCAGAACUGCAGAAGGUGUUCCGCAGCGACACCAUCACAGAGGAGGAGUUGGUGACCCUCAUGGAGAAGUUUGUAGAAGAUGCCAAGAAGGGAGCCCUUCAGGAACAAGGGUGGCCGGACACACCUUAUGGGGUGUCCAAAAUCGGGGUGACUGUACUGUCCCGAAUCCAAGCCAGGGAGCUGAAUGAGAAGAGGAAAGAUGAUGGGAUUCUGCUCAACGCCUGCUGCCCGGGGUGGGUGAGGACUGACAUGGCUGGGUCCAAAGCCCCCAAAACCCCAGAUGAAGGUGCAGAGACCCCUGUGUAUUUAGCUCUCCUGCCCAACAAUGCACAUUCUCCCCAUGGGGAGUUGGUGAGUGAUAAAAAAGUUGUGCCGUGGGAAGAAAGUUGUGCCGUGGUAAAUUGGUAAAGUCCCCCCACUCCGGCUGCUCAUUCCUAACCUGUAUGUUCUUAUUAAAAAACCUGCCUUAAGUACCCAAGACCAUAUAUCCCUCUAUCUGCCAAAAAUGUUCUCUUAUUUUAUUUUCAUUAGAAAUAAAAACAUAAUUUACUAAA